CCCUAGCUCCGUAAGGUAUUGCUGUACGCAAUUUCGAGUGGACAGCCGCUGCACCCCGGGAGUCAAUAACAACAAUAACAACAAUACCAAUACGGCAAUACGUCAAUUAUCAUGAUAUUAUACCAAACGGCAGUCUCCGGCGCGCGUUCCGUCGCUGUACUGCGAUACAGUGUACCGCCGCCGCCGCUGCACCGCGCACAACAACCUGCUCGCCCGACAGUCGACGGCAGCAGCAGUCCGACAGACGCGAGCACGCGACCGACAUGGAACCAUCAUCACCGGCUGCACGGCCGCAGCCGCUGCAGGAGUUACCUCGUGAACAGGCGCAAAACGACCGGCAGACUGCCGACAACGCCUCGUCCGAGCCCUGUUACAUCGACGACGUCACCGCCGCUGUCGCCGAGAAGGUGACGGGUGCUACGGUAGUAGACCGCUUGGAGACGACGACGGCUGUCGACGGGAUCAAUUCGACCGCGAUGACGGCCGCCGACGAGCAUAAUCCUACUGCUGUGAAGGCAGCCGACGAAGAGGCCACUGUUGCAGCUGCUCCGGCGACGUUGCAGAUCACCACUGACGAGAAGGAGGCGACCGUCGCGGCGCGAGUAUCCGAAGUUAUUGAAAAUGGAAAAAAUAAAAACAAAGAAGUCAUCCUUAGCAUUACUUCACAAAUGCAGAUGAAUAACGAUGACAAAGAUACCAAGAACAUGAGUAAGAAACAGCAAAAACUUGAGAUGAUAGCAGAACACGAAAAAAUGUGGCUUACUACAAAAGAAGCAAGUGCAGUUAGUGCCGAAGAUAUAGUGUCGAGAUUAAGAGUUGGUUUUAGGAGUGGAUUAUCUUGGAAAGAAUGUGAAUUUAGAAGACAGAUAACUGGAUACAAUGAAUUUUCAGUUCAUCAAGGAGAUCCAUUAUGGAAAAAAUAUAUUGAACAGUUCAGAAAUCCAUUGAUACUCCUUUUGCUAGCAUCAGCUGUUGUGAGUGUAUGUAUGAAACAAUUUGAUGAUGCCAUCAGUAUUACUACAGCUAUUAUCAUUGUUGUUACUGUGGCUUUUAUACAAGAAUAUAGGUCUGAAAAGUCAUUAGAAGCGUUAACAAAACUUGUACCACCUACAUGUCGCUGCCUCCGAGAAGAACAAUUAGAAUCUAUGCUUGCAAGAUCGUUAGUACCUGGUGAUAUUGUUUAUUUGAGCACUGGUGAUAGAGUCCCUGCUGAUAUUAGACUGUUUGAGGCCAUUGACUUAGCUAUAGAUGAAAGUAGUUUUACUGGUGAAACGGAACCAUGUAUGAAAACUACAGAGUUAGUUUUGAAUCCUGUGAGUCAUACAUCAAUGAAAAACAUAGCAUUUAUGGGUACCUUAGUACGAUGUGGAAAUGGCAAAGGAGUUGUGGUAAAUACAGGAGAAAAAUCAGAAUUUGGUGAACUCUUCAAAUUAAUGCAAAGUGAAGAAGCGCCAAAGACCCCUUUGCAGAAUAGUAUGGAUAUUCUGGGUACUCAGCUAUCUGUGUAUUCUUUCUUCAUUAUUGGUUUGAUAAUGAUGCUUGGAUGGAUUCAGGGCCGACCUAUUUUAGAUAUGUUUACUAUUGGCGUCAGUUUGGCUGUAGCUGCAAUACCAGAAGGCUUACCUAUAGUUGUAACUGUGACUUUGGCACUUGGCGUAAUGCGUAUGGCUAAUAGAAAAGCUAUUGUAAAAAAAUUGCCAACUGUUGAAACCUUAGGAUGCGUUAAUAUAAUAUGUUCUGAUAAAACUGGGACUAUAACCAAUAAUGAAAUGACUGUAACUACAAUUAUUACUUCAGAUGGAUAUUAUGCUGAUGUUUCUGGAACAGGUUACAAUGAUCAAGGUGAAGUUCAUUUACUUAAAUCUUUCUCUUCAGACCAAGCUAAACAAGCUAUAUAUAAUUUAUUAGAAGUUGGAGUUAUUUGUAACAAUGCAACUAUCAAUGGAGAUACAUUACAGGGACAGCCUACUGAAGGGGCUCUUUUAGCAGUAGCUAUGAAGAAUAGAAUGUAUGGUAUUAGUGAAAAAUACUUAAAACUCCAAGAAUAUCCAUUUAGUUCUGAACAAAAACUUAUGGCUGUGAAAUGUGUUAAUAAAUACGAUGAUGUUAAAGAAGAAAUUUAUUUUGUCAAAGGUGCAUUAGAAAAAGUCUUGAAACAAUGUACAAAAUAUUCUAAUGGGAAUGAAAGACUAUUAUUGAGUAGUAAGAAAGAACAAGACAUAUUUACUGAAGCAUAUGAAAUUGGUAGAAAAGGCCUUCGAGUUAUUGCAUUAGCCAAAGGAGAUUCUUUACAAGAUUUGGUCUAUUUGGGAUUAGUUGGAAUUUGUGAUCCUCCAAAACCAUUUGUUAGAGAAUCCAUAGAACAGUUGUAUAAUUGUGGAGUUAAAGUAAAAUUAGUCACUGGAGAUGCUCAAGAAACUGCAGUUGCUAUUGGUAUAAAACAUACAAUAAUAUUAAUACAUUUAAUAAUAAUUAAUAAUUAUGCUAUAUUAUAUAAAAAAAAUAAAUUUUACAAUUUUACUGUAGGAAGUAUGAUUGGCUUAGACAUGAUUCAUGGACAGACCAUGUCUGGUCAACAAAUAGAUAAUAUGUCUGAUCAUCAACUAAAAGCAAUGGUAAACAAUGUAUCUGUUUUUUACCGUGUUACACCUCGCCACAAAUUAACAAUAAUCAAGGCAUUGCAAUCAAAUGGUAAUGUUGUUGGAAUGACAGGUGAUGGAGUGAAUGAUAGUGUUGCAUUGAAAAAAGCUGACAUUGGAAUAGCUAUGGGUAAAAAUGGAACAGACGUAUGUAAAGAAGCAUCAGACAUGAUACUAGUUGAUGAUGAUUUCCAAACAAUUGUGGCAGCUAUCGAAGAAGGGAAAGGAAUAUUUUUCAACAUUCGAAACUUUGUGAAAUUUCAACUUAGUACUAGUAUUGCCGCAUUAUCUUUGAUUGCAUUAGCAACCAUUUUUAGAAUACCAAAUCCAUUAAAUGCCAUGCAAAUACUAUGGAUUAAUAUAAUUAUGGAUGGACCGCCUGCCCAAAGUCUUGCAGUUGAACCAGUUGAUAAGGAUGUUGUAAAACAAGGUCCUCGAAAUGUGAAAACACCUAUGAUAACAAAAACACUUGUGUUAAAUGUUCUUUUUUCGGCAUCAAUUAUUAUUGUUGGAACUCUUUGGGUGUUUAAACGAGAAUUAAGUGACAAUGAUGUGUCUAAGAGAGACACUACAAUGACAUUCACGUGUUUUGUUUUUUUUGAUAUGUUUAAUGCUCUUAGCUGCCGUUCACAGACAAAGUCAGUAUUUACUAUUGGAUUGUUUUCUAACAAGAUGUUUCUAGUUGCUGUUACACUUUCUAUUGUUGGACAAAUGUUAGUGAUAUACUUUCCACCAUUACAGAAUGUAUUUCAAACAGAAGCACUUACUCUAUAUGAUAUUUUACUUCUAUUGGGAUUAACAUCAAGUGUUUUCAUUGUGUCAGAAAUAAAAAAAUUCUUUGAACGACAUUUACAAAAAAGGUUAACAAGAGCACCUAAGAAACAAAUGGCAUUUGUGUAAUGAUAUCGAAACUACUACUCUUGGUUACAUCAUGAACGAUGUUGAUAGAUGUUUCACCAAAACUUUGUAUUGAAAAUACGAAAACAUGGACUACUUAUACAUACAUAAAAAUACCAAAAUACCAGAACGAUUCUGGAAAAACAGUUUUUACCAGAGCCUUAAGAAAUAUGAAAAAUUGGAGAAAAUUAAAAUAAUCAAGUUUCGAAGAAAAACAAAGUUUUCGUAAUAUUAAAAAUUGAUUUUAUGUUUAAAACAGGUAAUCUAAGCAUAAAAAGAUAGAUACAAACAUGUCACUGUCAUUUUACAUUUUUCAAUACAAAAUAUGUAUCAUUGUAA